AAUACUUGCACGUAAGACGAACUCGUAAAACAAUGAACAAGGAUCCGUAAAGAACAAGUUAACCUAACAAUUAUAAUUGCAGAAUCGUACCGAUGCAAAUAACUGUUCUGAAACUUGAUUAUAUUAGUUACCAUAUUUGUAAAAAUCAGGCUUGUUUAUGAAUAUGUUUAUGUCUUUCGAGAAAUCUUUUUGAUGUGUACUUUAUCGUGUAAUACACAUUGUAAUCAGUCGUAAAUAGCGCUUCCGAGAUGACGAACGUGGAAAAAACCGCGGCUGAAAAGGCCGACUACAAUCCUUUCGAACACAGGAAAGUGGAAAAGCCUAAUUCAGAUUUACGAUCGACGGCAAACUUAAUAAAGGCUUCUUUGGGAUCGGGCAUGCUAGCCGGACCACUGGCUUUCGCCAAUGCCGGUUGGGGAGUCGGCCUAGUUGGCACAAUUUUUGUGGGUGUAGUUUGCGGCCAUUGCGUACAAAUAUUAGUAGAGACCUCUCGAGGAUGUUGCAAAAUAGAGAAGAAGCCGAUGCUUGGUUAUGCAGAGACAUGUAAGACGGCUUUUAAGAAUGGACCGAAGUGUGUCCGAUCGUAUGCUGAUGUUGCUAGCGUGUUUGCUGAAUUUGCUCUAUUAAGUACAUAUGUAGGUGUAUGUUGCAUAUAUACUAUACUUAUAUCGGAUUCAGUCAAACAGCUUGUAGACCGCUAUGUUCCGUCUGUAAUUCUGCCUGUUGAAUAUUAUUGUCUGAUAUUAUUGGUGCCAUUAAUCCUAUUAUGUCAGAUACGAUAUUUGAAGUUUCUGGCUAUAUUCUCUCUGCUGGCUAAUGUUUUACUUGUAGUGACAUACGUAAUAUGCUUGUACUAUAUAUUUGGAGAUGGAUUUUCCAUAUCUGACAAGAAAAUAGCCGGUGACCCUGCCAGAUAUCCAGCUUUUAUAUCAACCGUGAUCUUCGCAAUGGAAGGUAUAGGCAUGGUGAUGCCAGUUGAGAAUGCGAUGAAGAAACCCCAGAAUUUUCUCGGAUGCCCUAGCGUUCUUAUGGUAGCGAUGACAGCAAUAGUCUUUCUGUAUAGCACACUUGGUCUCUUUGGUUAUCUACAAUACGGCGAUGUACUACGUGGAUCUAUUACUUUGAAUCUUCCUACGGAUGAAUGGCCAGCUGUGUGUGCGAAAAUAUUUAUCGCACUAUCGAUUUUCUUCACUUUCCCUCUUCAAUUCUACGUGGUAAUAGACAUAUUCACGAAAUACACACUACCUCGCAUAAGCGGCAAGCACCAAAAUAUUGUUCAAGUGGCAGCAAGAACUAUUGGAGUUUGUUGUUGUGUGGGUAUCGGUAUGGCCCUCCCAUUAUUGGAGCAGAUCAUUAAUCUUGUUGGUGCGAUUUUCUACUCCAUCCUUGGUCUCGUCAUCCCGGGAAUCAUAGAAACCGUCUUCCGAUGGGAGAACCUUGGCAGAUACAAUUGGAUAUUGUUGAAAAAUUUACUUAUUGUCGUAUUCGGCUUGGGCAGCUUAAUAUCUGGCUGUACAGUUACUAUAAUGGAUAUAAUAAAAAUACUAUCACAGAAAACUGAAUAGA